UGUUUUAUCUUAGCAUCGAUACCUGCACAAAAAACCCUUCUACAUUUUGUAUACUGCUCCAAAGAAAACGAAAACAAAUAUUUCAUUCUUAUCAAUUAAUUUUAAGUUAGUCAUCCGAAUUCCUAGUAAGGCUAAGUAUGUGAUACAAAACGCAACAGACACACACUCGUGCAAUACGUGAAAGAUGAGUAACUGUGGGAAGAACACCUCAAGCACAAACUCUCGGAGCCAAAACCAAGGCCAAGGUGCUGCUGCUGCAAACUCUUGCGGAGGGGUCAGUGGAAAUGCGGGGGCAGUAGGCAGCGCUGCGGCACGCAAUCGUCCCAGAUUGCCAGCUAGUCAAUGCAGCGUCGAUCAGACAACAACAAAUCCGAAAGAGAAACGCAGCUGGUUUCAUUCACUAACAAGACGAAAGAAAUUGGAUUCUGGCUGCAGUUCAACAGUAGUGCAUUUGCAAAACAACAAUAAUGAACCCCCCCUUGGCGGUACACUCGAGGCAAGCUGCUCUAGCAACACAGCAGCUGCAACUGGAACAGGUGAUGCCUUGGCCAGCAAUUGCAGCAGCAAUAAUGGAGCGAUGCGCAAACGCAAGGAUAACAACAAUAAGAAGACCAUGUUCUCGCGCAUACGCAAGCGGAUGGGCCUGGGCUUGAGUGCGCUUCGCAAUUGGCAUUCGAUGGGCGAUGAUUGCUGUGAUGACUGUGAUGGCGGCACAACGGAUGCUAUGUACGAGUUUUUAACGCCAGCCAUACGCGUGGAGCCCACACUACCAUUUACCCAUGACUAUAUGCGUUUCAUCACUAAGAAGUGGUUGGAGCGUCAGGAGGCGCCCAAUGAGGUCAUGUACAAGGCCUGUUCCGAAAUGCUAAAUCAAGUCUGGUACUGGGGCGAAAUCUCGCGACGCGAUUCCCAGAAGCAGCUGAGUGAUAAGCCAACGGGUUCGUUUUUAGUGCGAGAUUCCGAAACGAGCGGUUCCCAAUUUACGCUCAGCUUUCGCAUUGUCAAUGUGACGUUACAUUAUCGCCUGGAAUAUCGCGAUCAAUUUUGGCACUUUGAGGAAUUGAAAUAUGAAUCAAUUGUGGAGAUGAUCGAGGACAUUUUGCAUCGCUGUACGAACGAUAAUUUCGUAUGCUUUGUGAAAGUGCCAAACGAAAUGCAGCCACCGUUUCCAGUCAUACUCAAGUAUCCGUUGAGCCGCUACUUGAAUAUGCCCAAGCUGCAGGAUUUGUGCCGUCGUGUGCUGCAGCGACAAAUGCCAAUGGCUGAUCUGGCCAAGUUGCCGGUGCCGGCGCAAAUGUUGGAGUAUCUGUCCGUUGAGCGUGAAUUGGUAUUCCAAAGCUAGGCCAACAAUACAUUGCCAAGUAUCAGCUGCUGGUGAUAGCUUUAAAAACGACAGUGACAAAACCAAAGAGGUUCGCAAGGCAGCUAAAGGCACUGCCAAAAUAU